CUUUCCUCGUCACCAUCAAGAUCGAAAGAUCAACCCCUUCUUGUCAUCAUGCGUUGCUCUCAUUUGAUUGGUGUAAUUGCCUUGGCAAGCACUACUUUAUUGGCUUUGACCAAUAUCCCCACUUCUACCGCCUCUCAAGUACCAUUCACUGCUGAGUACAAUGAAUCACCCAACUCAGCAUUCGGCGAUAUGCCAAGAAUCGAAUUACCAUUGUACAAUGAGGAUGAUGAUAUCAAAACACAAUCAGCCAAAGCACUAAACGUGGAACAAAUCAUCGCGGAGCAAAACGGCAAACACGUCCUUUUGACGCAUGAAGAAUUUCCACAAAUGAGCGUUCGUAUCAAAAGGAUUGCUGGAAAAUCCGCAACCGUUAGUCAAAUGAAUCAAGCUCCAAAUGCUUCACCUUUGCUUUAUAACUCUUCCGAUCCAAACGCAUUUUGUGAUCCAACAGUCACUUCUUGGUCGGGAUAUGUUGAUACGAUCGAUGGAAAAUCAUUCUUUUUCUACUUUUUCGAAUCUAGACACAAACCGGAUACCGAUCCUAUCUUGAUGUGGCUCACUGGUGGACCUGGUUGUAGCAGCUCAUUGGGUUUAUUUAUGGAAUUGGGACCAUGCCAAAUUAUGGAAGGCUCCAGUAAAGAUGCUAACGGACCCCCGAUCAAUGGUACGAAAUGGAACCCUUAUUCUUGGAACAGUCAUGCAAGCGUCUUCUUUAUCGAUCAGCCGGUCGAAGUUGGCUUCUCUUAUUCUCGUUACGGUUUGCACAGCUACAAUGCCGAUCAAGGUGCAAAGGAUCUUUAUGGAUUUUUGCGAAUCUUCUUUAGCAGCUUUGAACGAUUCCAAGACAAUGACUUUGUUGCUACGGGAGAAUCAUACGCAGGACGCUACCUGCCAAGAUACGCUUCUCAAAUUCUAGACGAGAAUCAUAAGAUCAGCUUUAAAGCAGAACGGGCAGGAAAGAAGGUCAAGAAAGGAGAAUUGGUCAAUUUGAAAAAAGUUGCUAUCGGUAACGGAUUAACAGAAAGCGGCAUUCAAAAGCCAUACUACUACGACUUCGUGUGCAAGAAGCAUAACGAUCAUGGACCUUUGGUCAGUAUUGCAGAGUGCAACUCAAUGGCUCCUUGGAAAGAUCGUUGUUUGAAAUUGUUCCGCGAAAAAUGUAUCGAAACAUGGGACCCCGAACAAUGUCAAGCUGUCGAUGAUGUCUGUGCAGAUCGUCUGGAAACGCCGUUCUUCAAGACAGGACGUAACCCUUACAACGUCUUGGAUCUGUGCAAAGCAGGUUAUUCUCCCAACCUUUGUUAUCAGGUUACCGAAGAUAUCAGGAAUUAUUUGGAUCGUGAAGACGUAAGAACAUUAUUGGGUGCCGAACCAAUCUCAAAGAUUGGUAAGUUCAAGUCUUGCAAUGAAAAUGUCGCUUCUGGCUUCAGUGCAUACCAUGAUUCAACUUUCAAUAACGCACUUAGCGUUGCAGGUCUUUUGGAACGUGAUAUUGAUGUGAUGAUCUAUGUAGGAAAAUUGGAUUGGAUUUGCAAUCAUGUCGGAAACAGAGCUUGGGUGGAUAAACUCGAAUGGUCCGGUCAGACUGCUUUCCAUUCUUCAAAGCCAUACGAUCUCAUCGUUGACGGAAAGGUUGCCGGUGAAACACAAAGAGGAGGAAAUCUUGUUUGGGCAACGAUAGAAGGAGCAGGACAUAUGGUGCCAUAUGAUAAACCAAAGGUCGCUUUGGAAAUGAUCGAUCGUUUCAUUGCUGGUGAUAAACUUUAAGAUCGCACAAUUAAAUAGGAAAGGAUGUGUAUAAGAUUCAUUAUUCGGUAUAUGUACACACUAAUCGGAAGCCUAAAUUAACUUGUAAACACAAUUAAACAGGUCAGGUGUGUAAGAUGUGGUAGAGAAAAGGAAUGAUGAGCGAUUUGCCUU